AUGUCACAGGCAGGAAUGGACGUGACCGGUAAAAGAAUGCAAAAUAUAAGUCCCUUCAUAGACAAAGAUGGAAUCUGGAAAGCUAAAGGAAGAUUGGAAAAUGCCCGUCAACUACCCCAGGCACUUCGAAACCCAAUCAUAUUAUUGAAUAGUCAUCCCUUGGUUAAAUUGUUGCUACGACACCACCACCAGAAGCUGGCGCAUUGUGGAUACAAGCGGUUGAUGGUAGAAAUCAGACGGUGGUAUUGGGUAAUUGGUCUACGUGAUGUAGCCAGAAAUCAUGUCAAAGCCUGCAUUCCUUGCAAACUGAUGCGAAAGAGAGCCUGUGAACAAUAUAUGGGAAAGCUACCGGUCUACAGGACAGACAUUAAUCAUCCUGCUUUUGCCAACACUGCUUUAGACCUUUUCGGACCAUUUGAAAUCAAACUAGGAAGAAAAACCAUCAAAGAAGCUUGGUGCUGCAUAUUCACAUGUAUGACAAGCAGAGCAAUCCACUUAGAACUUUGUACGGACAGAUCUACAGAUACGUUCUUGAUGGCAUUCAGAAGAUUUUCAUGUAUCAGAGGACAUCCGAAGUUAGUUUGGUCGGACCGUGUGACGAAUUUUGUUGGCUCCCAAAAAUACCUGCAGGAGAUGGUGGAGAGCUGGGAAAUACCGAAGAUUAAAUCCAGCGUUUCAGAAUUUUGCACUUCAUUUGAAUGGUGUUGGAAUGUACCUAAGGCUAGUCACAUGAAUGAAGUCGUGGAAUCGCUGAUAAAGUCCGUUCGAAGAGCAUUGGAGAGUUCCUGUAAAAUGAUAGCCUACACAGAAGAGCAAUGGAGAACCUACUUAGCUGAAGUAACGUUUCUGGUGAACUCCAGACCCUUAUACUCUGCAUCCGGCAACAUUUGGGAAGAACCUCCCAUCACCCCGAACGACCUGAUCAUAGGACCAAAUUUUGGUGUUCCACAACCCGAAGAAGAAGAGCAAGUCAACCCGAGGCAUCUCAGUAAAAGAGAGUCUGUCAAUUCUGGCAAUGUUGGAUGA